AUGGAUGCGUUCUCAGACAUCAGGCCGAUUCCCCUCGAUGUUAUUCUCAGUUGGCCGAAGCCGAAUUAUGUCGACCCGAUACGACGAGGGCCGGCAUUGGUGAUAGUCAAUUCUCUGUUACUUCCUGUAGCUCUGGUUGUGGUUGGAUUGAGACUCUACACACGUUUGAAAAUAUGUCGCUCUGCAGAAUUGGAUGAUCUUUUUAUUGCUCUUGCAGUAGUCCCAGCCAUUGGUUUGACUAUCGCGGUGUGCCUAGCUACAUCGAGAUACUCGUGGGAUGUUCAUAUCUGGGAUGUGCCCCCUGAGGACAUUAUCCCAAGUCGUCAAGUGACCUUCACCGCACAGUUUCUGUUCCUUUGGGCCACCAACCUGACCAAAGUGGCAAUACUCCUUUUCUAUCGACGACUCUCUGCUCCUAGCAUGAAGAAGAUAUUUAAUUACUGUGUGUUGGGGACUUUAACCUUCGUCGUCUGCUACACUAUCGCAUUGUCAAUUGGUUUACUCAAUGUGUGCACACCCUUAGCAGGAUUCUGGGACGUUGCAAUCCCCCAUCACUGUAUUGAUCAGAUAAGGUUCGAGUUGGUCGCUGCUAUGAUAAAUAUCGCCGUCGACCUCGUCAUCAUGGUGCUGCCUCUGCCAACGGUAUGGAGUCUGCAGCUGCCGAAAAGACAGAAAUUGGCCUUGAGCGGGGUGUUUAUGCUUGGAACACUUGUCUGUCUAGCUGGAGCAAUUCGAGCAUAUUAUGUUGAUGUUAUUGUGAGCAAGACGUUUGAUACAACAUGGGAAGGCUACAUACUCUGGAUGUUCGUCGCCCUCGAAGUCGAUAUCGCACUCAUUUGCGCUUCUGCGCCUGUGCUCAAACCCCUCUUCAGGCGAUACUUUAACAACUCAAUCUAUAAUACCGGCAGCCACAAAAUCCGCACACGGGCAUCUCUGAACCAAGAACGCCGUGCCGAAAGCGGGUUGUCAUUCCGAGAUGCUUUCCAGGUUCCUGUAGAGCUUAGCUCUGUGGGUCACACGAAGAUCAAUGGUGAGACGCAGAAGCCUCUACCCCCUGUUCCGGAAAGUGAAAAAGGGUUCAUAUUGAAGAAAGAUGAUAAUAGUGACGGCGAAAGUAUGUUUAUAAUACAACAAAUGGACAUUGAAGAGAGAAAGCCGGCAAAUGCUUGCUGUAGUCGGACAAGAAAUGGAGGGAGAUGUCAGAAGCUGAAUGAAUUGUGGGCCAGGAAGGAACCAUGUUCUGGAGUAUAG